CCCGCAGCCUCUCUCUGUCUCUCUCUAACGGCGACGAGCGAAUCGUGCGAAUGAGAUGAGAUGGGAGACGGCGGCGACGGGAGCGGAGGCGGAGGCGCUGCAGGAGCGCAUCUGGGACCUCCACGACAAGCUCAGCCACGCCAUCCUCUCCCUCUCCGCCUGCGCCGGCCUUCCGGGCUGCGGCUGCGGGCACGUGGUCGUCAAGGGGCGGCGGCCUGGAGGGUACGGCGACCUUGCGGCGGCGUCGGCCAUGGUCGACGCGCGGGGUCUGCACGCCAUCCGCACCGCGCUCGAGGACCUCGAGGGCCACCUCCACUUCCUCCAUGAUGUUCAGUUACAACAGCGUGCUGAGCGAGAUGCUGCGAUUGCUAGGGUGCAGCAAAGUCGUAUUCUCCUUGCUGCAAGGUUGGCUGAACAUAGAGGAAAGAGGCAUGGGGUCAUUGAGGAAGCCUUAGGUUUUGUGGGAGAUGUGCUUGACAAGAACCAAUUUGUCUCGCCGGAAGAUGUCUAUGGGAUGCACAACCAAUCAGACGAAGAUGAGGACCGCACGGGACAUGGUUCAAACAUGGUGGUGCGUGUGGUAUCCUGCACUUUUGCUUUUGCCAAGAACAUUUUAAGAUUCGAGAAGAUGGGUGGUGUGCUGGGUAAUGCUGCUGUGCUUGCAGUAAGCAUGCUUGCUUUCUUGCAGCUGCAUCAGCUGGCCUUGGGUAAACAAACUCCAGCAGUUCAAUAUAGGAGAACCGAUAAUCGUUUUCAUUCUGGAGGGUCAAGAAGAAACAGCAAAGAAAAGCAUGUGGAAGUGUUAUUAGCUAGAGGUUGAGGAAUCAUCGGACUGUUUGUACAGGAAGCUUCCUCCUCUUUUCAGUUUUCAUCGGUUUUGUUAGGUCACUAGUCAUUCAAUUCUUUUGGAUGGGCUGCUCUACAGUCUACCUUCAUCAUUAUAAGGUGUACCACACAAGUUGUAAAUGGUUUGAGAUUAGCAAUAGAUGGAAUACUGGAAGAA